CCUACGCGGCCGCUUUGAAAGCAAUAACAAACAAGUCGAUUGAUUUAGUAAAUCGUCAAUGAGGCACCCUCGACUCUCGCUCUUUUCGUUACAUACAUAAAUGAAAAUAAGCCGCGAGACUACUUGUAAAAGCGCUUGCUUGCGUUCUUUCGGCAUAAUCAAUUAUGGUUACAUGCAGUUCUCGGCUUUGGUGAAAAGAUUUACGUAGAAUAUGUCAAUGAUUCUUAAACAUUUUUUCAAUUUCUAUUUAAACGUAGAUUUUUUAAUAUGCUCAUUUUUAUGAAAGUACGUGAUGUAAAAGUUGGUUUGAGUUCAUUUGAAUGAAGUCUUAUGAGGAUGCGAUUUCCUCUGAAAAAGUCAAGUUCUACAUUUAUUACUUUAAUCAUUACAAUUAGUCUGACCAAUGUACAUGAAGUCGACGGUGAUAAGAAGACCAAACCAGAAGCCACAACAACCGAGACACCGAAAAAAAUUCACUGCUGUGCGCGGCAGCAAAAAGUGAUAGAUGUUGGUCACGGCAUAUCGGGCGAUCUGAUAAAAAUCGACGCUGGCUAUUGUAAGAGCUUUUGCCCACGACACUUGUUCGACGAUCCUGGAGAUGCUAGUAGACCAGCUGUACAGAAAUGUAUGCCGAACAUGCUUUGCCGACCGAGAACGGCGAGAUUGGAGAGGAUCUCGACGAUCCAAGGAGUCCGAACGAUCGAGGUUGUGGAAACGUGUGAUUGUUCCAGUGCUUACGCAUGCCGACGAGAUCCUUAUACCAUAGCUCUACACACCGGCACUCCUUAUCAAGUUGAAAUCGACAUCGGUAUUUGCAUUGGAGCUUGUAGAAAGUACAGUUGCAAGCCAUCCAGGAAUGCUACGAUCAGUGUGCGGGGACCGAAUGGUGAUGAAAUUUAUCCAAUAAUCGAUAGAUGCUCGUGCGCUGGAAAUUGUCAUAGAAUGGAUCACAUGGAAACGGUAUUAGAUUUUAGUGGAAUCGAAAUUCGAGAAAGUAUGAACAUAGCAGAUGCCAGACCAAUCGUUAAGCAAAUAAAUGUUGGCAAAUGCGUUGGAACUUGUUCUACAAAUAACACGGAAACUUGCAUAAUACACGAUAAAAAAAAUCCCACCAAUUGCCUUGCUGGACUCUUCACUGACAGUCAAAACUGUACACCUGCUAAAUUCAAAGUGAUCGAAUACAGAACGCGUCGUGGAAUUAAACGUGAAAUCAUCCAAAUCACGCAAUGCGCAUGUGUUUAGUUGAAAUGUCACAGGGAUGUCAAAUUAACAAGACUGUAAUAAUACUGCUUAAAUAGGUAGAAGUAAUACAUGCAAUUUUUUAUAUAUAUAGCAGUCAUUCGAAUCAGUUUUACUGUACUAGUCAUUAAAAUUGUGUAUGGUCACGAAAACAUUUGUAGUUUAAUUUCCAUGCGAAUUAAAACAAUAAAUGUUCU